UCGAGAAUUAUAAGGAGGAAAAGAUAGAGAAACAGCAAAGAUGUCAACGAUGAGCGUCGUGUCGAAUUCAUCCGUCGAAGUUGACUCGGAUUCAUCUAACGAUCUUUCGAGCAAGGACGAAGCACCAACCGAGCAAAAAUUUAUCUUAAGAAACGAGCUCUACAACAGUUUAUUAGCUAGCGCGCUCGGUAAAACUGUGCUAAAUAGGCAUCUCAAUUUCAAGGAACAAGGUAUUAAUUUUAAUUUGGCCAAUUUUAAGGACAACUUGAACGCUCUUGGUGCACUCAAAGAUUUGAAGGAUUUGAAGGAUUUGAAGGGACUCACCGUUAGUAGCGUACCCGCCUUCCCGAGAAAUCUCGCCCUCCAUCGUGAAGAUCACGACGAGAAAGCGUCGUUCGCGUGGUCGGAAGGAGGCGAGGAUGGUGGGGGCGGUGGCGGUGGAGGAGGAGGUGGAGGUGGAGCAGCGUAA